AUGGCAAUGGCGGCGGUGGCGGCACAGCGAGGCCUGGGCCAGCUCGCCCUGUUGUUCCUGCGCCAGCGUGGGGUUCGAGGACUGGCGGGAUCUGUCCCCAGGCGGCAGCAGCAGCAGCAGUUCUCCUCCCUGGACGACAAGCCCCAGUUCCCAGGGGCCUCGGCCGAGUUCGUGGACAAGCUCGAGUACAUCCAGCCCAAUGUCAUCUCUGGCAUCCCCAUCUACCGCGUCAUGGACCGGCAGGGCCAGAUUAUCAACCCCAGCGAGGACCCCCACCUGCCCCAAGAGAAGGUGCUGAAGUUCUACCAGAGCAUGACGCUGCUCAACACCAUGGACCGCAUCCUCUAUGAGUCCCAGCGGCAGGGCCGGAUCUCCUUCUACAUGACCAACUAUGGCGAGGAGGGCACACAUGUGGGCAGUGCGGCCGCCCUGGAGGACACGGACCUGGUGUUCGGCCAGUACCGGGAGGCAGGCGUGCUGAUGUACCGGGACUACCCCCUGGAGCUGUUCAUGGCCCAGUGCUAUGGCAACGUGAGCGACCUGGGCAAGGGGCGCCAGAUGCCCGUCCACUACGGCUGCAAGGAGCGCCACUUCGUCACCAUCUCCUCUCCACUGGCCACACAGAUCCCUCAGGCGGUAGGGGCAGCCUACGCCGCCAAGCGGGCCAACGCCAACAGGGUCGUCAUCUGCUACUUCGGGGAGGGGGCGGCCAGCGAGGGGGACGCCCACGCGGGCUUCAACUUCGCCGCCACGCUCGAGUGCCCCAUCAUCUUCUUCUGCCGCAACAACGGCUACGCCAUCUCCACACCCACCUCCGAGCAGUACCGCGGGGACGGCAUCGCGGCGCGCGGCCCCGGCUACGGCAUCAUGUCCAUCCGCGUGGACGGCAACGACGUGUUUGCUGUGUACAACGCCACGAAGGAGGCCCGGCGGCGGGCCGUGGCCGAGAACCAGCCCUUCCUCAUUGAGGCCAUGACCUACAGGAUCGGCCACCACAGCACCAGCGACGACAGCUCCGCGUACCGCUCGGUGGACGAGGUCAACUACUGGGACAAGCAGGACCACCCCAUCUCCCGACUGCGGCACUUCCUGCUCAGCCGCGGCUGGUGGGACGAGGAGCAGGAGAAGGCCUGGAGGAAGCAGUCCCGCAAAAAGGUGAUGGAGGCCUUCGAGCAGGCCGAGCGGAAGCUGAAGCCCAGCCCCCGCCUGCUCUUCUCCGACGUGUACCAGGAGAUGCCCGCCCAGCUCCGCAAGCAGCAGGACUCCCUGGCCCGGCACCUGCAGACCUACGGGGAGCACUACCCACUGGAACACUUUGACAAGUGAGGCCCGGCGCCC